GUGGCCGGCCUUCCCUACGGCGCGCCACCUGCACUAAGGGUGUGGAACUGCAUUGAAGUGCUGGCGUACUGGCCAAAGAACCAAAAGCACGCCCGCCGAAGCUAGCUGCCCUGGGCCACGCCGACGAGACGUGCUGCUUCAAAACUGCGUGCCUCCUUUCGAGGCUCUCCGUGCAACUUCUGCCCGCUGCCUCAGCCCUACACGCUGUAUCGUGCAUACACAGUCCGCGUUCUGUGGUGUUGAGAAACAUAAAGAGCCCUGUGUUCGCGCGGAACCCUGCCUUGGCUGCCGCUCGCUCGACCUGCCCACCACGCCGACGGCGAAGACGACCUUUGUCCCCGCGCCCGCAACAUCCUCGCCCUCCCACGCCUGUCUGAAUGCAUAAUUAAGGACGCCCACACCCAUUCCAAUUGUAGCCCUCCAUGGGUCAGAGUAACGGCAAGCCCGUGGUGUUCACCGACCAAGUGAACCUCAACCACUUCCGGCUGCUGCGAGUCGUAGGCAAAGGAGCCUUUGGCAAAGUGCGCAUUGUCGAGCGUAAAGACACUGGCCUCACAUUUGCGCUCAAGUACAUAAGAAAAGAUGAAGUCGUACGGUCAGAGAGCGUCCGAAAUAUUAUUCGGGAGCGACGGAUGCUCGAACAUCUCAACCACCCUUUCCUGUGUAACUUGCGUUACAGCUUCCAGGACAUCGAAUAUCUAUACAUCGUAGUCGAUCUCAUGAACGGCGGCGACCUGCGGUUCCACAUCUCGAGGAAGACAUUCACCGAGGAAGCAGUACGGUUUUGGAUGGCUGAGCUUGGAUGCGCCGUGCGAUACAUUCACCAGCAAGGCAUUGUGCACAGGGACAUCAAGCCUGACAAUGUGCUGCUGGACUCGGACGGACACGUCCACUUGGCAGAUUUUAAUGUUGCCUCAGAUUUCACCCCGCACAAGCCGCUCACCAGCAAGUCUGGAACCCUCGCAUACCUGGCUCCUGAAGUGUACGAGGGCAAGGGAUACUCGUGUGAGGUCGAUUGGUGGUCACUCGGUGUGCUUUUCUACGAGUGCAUCUACAACAAGCGGCCUUUCGAGGCCAGCAGCCACGACUCCCUCGCCGCCAAGAUCUCGAAAGGAGAGCCCACGUACCCCGUCACCAGCCCUCCCGUUUCGAUGCCCUGUCUACACGCGAUAAGCUCACUGCUAGAGAAAGACCGUACGAGGAGGAUUGGUGCUAUUGGUUUCGAAUCGUUCAUCGACAACCCAUUCUUCCGCCCUAUCGAUUUCGUUGCGCUGGAAGCCAAAGAGAUCACUCCCGUUUUCAUUCCGUCCAGCGACAAGACAAACUUUGACGCAACAUACGAUCUCGAGGAGCUGUUGUUGGAAGAGGCGCCGCUAGAAGCACGAGCACGCAGGCAGAAGCCUAGAGAAGCACUGAAAGAUGACGCAACAGAGGCUGAGAUCCGAGCGGAGGAGCUGCACAAGAUGAUUGAGACACUGUUCGAGCCUUUCAAUUACACUGUGGUCGCAGAUACACGGCCUGCAGCAGUCGUAGUUGCAGACCCUAAUGACUCCACAGGUGGUUCAAGAGCCAGCAACCAGAGCAACAGCGACCAUGCGCCGGCCCCAGUUGCCGCUCAACAAGAUCCCUGGGGACGCCCAUUGGCCACUCAAAGGUCCCAAGAAGGCGAUCUCCAUCCUACCCGUUCAACGACGAUGACCAACCCACGAUCUACAACGCAUUCACCGAACGGCAGUCCUCCACUUGCUACAGCCAACCUGAAUCGAGGCAACAAGUCGACUACUGGCUCGCAGGCAUCGCAACGUGGAGAGCGCGCAGAUUACUUCCCCUCCGAGUCUACCGAAAAUACGACGCCUUCGUUCUCACGGCCCAUGAACAGCCGUCCGCGUGGGUCGCAGCGCAGCACCAGCAUGGGUGGUGGCGUACAGGUAGUCCUCGACGGCACCGGCUCAUGGUCCGAGAUGGCUAACCAGAGCUCUGCGCUCGUACAGAAUCCACAGACCGAGAAGCCGUCAGGCAUGCUCGGCUUCCUCAGUCGAAAGAAAGGCCGGGACAGGAGCCCCAAGGCCAAAGAGAGGGGUGUGCUCGGUAAGGAGGGUGCGCGAGUCAUCAUCAGCAACACCUGAUGAUCUCGGCCUUCCAGAUCACGCAUCUACCCAUGGCUCGACGAAUUCCUUUGCGACGUUUUCCUUCGAGUCAAAUUUCCUGCGAGGCGUUCGGCGACUAUAGCAUACCAUUUUGCGCUUCCGGCUUGACGCCCCGCUUUCUUAUAUUAUAUAUACAUGCGUCUCCACGACCAUAUGUGGUAUGCAGGUUGGCGUUGUUGGUUUUUUUGUUCCACGUUUAGAUGCGCAACGUAGCAUGUUCGACGUCUUUCUAAGGUCAGACGCAUAGUUGGAAGAAAGAGACGGACACAAGAUCUAGAACGCACCUUUGACAAGGUGCAUGUAUAUUUGGGUG